AUGGAGAUUUUUGAUAUUUUCAUAGCACUGAUCGUUGCAUUGGUUUUAUUCAUUUCCAUUCGAUUCUUUACCUCUCAAAAAGGAAAGAAGAAUGAACCACCAAGAGUACCUAAUUUCAUACCUUAUUUUGGAUCAUUUAUUGGUUUUGCCAAGAAUCCAGUAAAUUUCGUCAUUGAAAAUUCUAAAAUAUAUGGAAACAUAUUCACUGCAACCAUUUUAGGUAAAGAAAUGACAUUUAUUAAUCAUCCAACAUUAUUAGAUACAGUAUUCAAAGCAACAGAUAAUGAAUUAUCAUUGAGAGAUAUUUACAAAUUUAUGAAACCUGUAUUUGGUAAUGGAGUUGUUUAUGACGCCGAGUCAACUGAAAGAAUGAUGGAACAAGUUAAAUUUGUUAGUUCUGGUUUAACAACUAGUCGUUUCAGAGUCUUUGUUGAUAUUAUUGAAGAUGAAGUUAAACAAAGAGUUGAACAAUUGGGAAAUGAAGGAACUUUUAAUUUACUUGACUUGUUAAGUGAUUUGAUAAUUUUCACAGCAUCACGUUGUCUAUUAGGAGAUCAAGUCAGAGAAUAUUUGAGUGAGAAACAAUUAGGUAAAUUAUAUCAUGAUAUAGAUGAGGGAAUUAGUGCGUUAUCAUUCUUUUAUCCUUCAUUACCUGCUAAUAGACGUGAUGUUGCUAGAAAGGCAAUUGGUGAAAUAUUUCAAGAAUUAUUGAAUAAGAGAAGAGAAGAACAUGUAAAGAAUCCAGAACGUUUAUUAGAUGAAUCUAAAAUGGAUAUAGUUGAUCAUUUACUUUUACAAAAAUAUAAAGAUGGUCAAGAAUUAACAGAUGAACAUCGAAUUGGAAUUUUAAUUGCUGGUUUAUUUGCUGGUCAACAUACUUCAUCCAUUACAAGUACUUGGACUUUAUUGAAUAUCAUUUCUAAUAAGAGAAUUGAACAACAAUUUAGAAAUGAACAAUUAUUACUUGAAAAGGAAAAGAUGAAUUAUGAAACUAUUAUGAAAAUGGAAUAUUUAGAAGCAUGUAUGAAAGAAGCACUUAGAAUGUAUCCACCACUUAUUAUGGUAAUGAGAAUGGCUAGAAAACCAAGACAAUGUGAAGAAUUCAUAAUUCCUAAAGGUAAUAUUAUUGUAGUUUCACCUUCGGCUGCUGGUAGAUGUAAAGAUGUUUAUUCUAAUCCAGACGAAUUCAAUCCUGAACGUUUUACUGAAUUGAAAGAACAUGAAAAGUUUAAAUAUGGUUCAAUUCCGUUUGGUGCAGGACGUCACAAAUGUAUUGGUGAAAAUUUUGCACUUUUACAAGUGAAAAGUGUAAUUUCCAUUCUAUUGAGAUAUUAUGAUAUGGAAUAUAGUGGUGAAAUGCCAUCUCCUUCAUAUACUUCAAUGGUUGUUGGUCCUGAUAAACCAAUUAUUGUAAAAUAUAAAAGAAGAUUACAAUAA